GAAAGCAAAACAUUUGACAAUAUGGAUGAGGAAAUGUUCCAAAAUGUUUUGAAUAAAGCUUCGAAAUAUCCGAAGCCGGAUGUCAAAUAUACGUAUGGCACGGCUGGCUUUCGUCUCAAAGCAGAGCUUCUUCCCUCUGUGAUGUAUCGCAUGGGAUUACUUGCUGUCCUAAGAUCUCGCGCUUGCGGGAACCAAACUAUAGGUCUCAUGGUGACUGCUUCGCACAAUGCGGUUCAAGACAACGGCGUGAAACUGAUUGAUCCAAUGGGAGAGAUGCUUGAAGCCGCUUGGGAGAAUCAUGCCACGGAGUUAGCCAAUAGUGAAGAUAUUGGGCAAUGCUUGCGUGAUCUCACCAAACGUGUUAAAUCUACUUGUCAAGAUUGGAGCAAUGAUGGGAACAUCGUGCUUGCCAGGGAUACCAGACCCUCAGGCGUCGAGCUUGUCCAAUCAGCGCUUGAUGCAGCCAAGGCCUUCCGCGGGAAGUUUAAAGACUUAGGUAUCUUGACAACUCCUCAACUUCAUUACAUUGUGCGCUGCACUAACGAUCCCGACUAUGGAAAGGCAAGUGAAGAGGGUUAUUACCAAAAAAUCUCAUCUGCUUUCCUAAAGUUAACGAAAUCCCUGACUCUAUCAUCCAUCAAUAUUGAUGGUGCGAAUGGCGUGGGUGCAUUGAAGUUUGCCGCGAUGGGAAAGUAUUUGGAAAACGCAUUGCCCAUGCGCGUUUAUAAUGACGGUACCUCCGGUGAACUAAAUAAAAAUUGCGGUGCGGAUUUUGUUAAAGUUUCCCAGAAGGCUCCGGAAGGCCUGGAAAUGAUUGUUGGCGAAAAGUACGCUUCCGUUGACGGAGAUGCUGAUCGAAUUGUGUAUUUUUAUCUGGAUGAAACUGGAUCGUUUCGUUUACUUGACGGCGACAAGAUUUCCACGUUAAUAGCCGGUUUUUUCAAAGAUAUUUUAGUGAGUUCACGUUUAACGCUUGAGCGAGGCUUGGGAGUUGUUCAGACAGCUUAUGCGAACGGUAGUUCCACUGCUUACCUGGACAGCCACUUAGCUGUACCCGUCGCUUGUGUUAAGACUGGGGUAAAGCAUUUGCACAAGAAGGCGAACGACUUCGACAUCGGCGUUUAUUUUGAAGCGAAUGGUCACGGUACGGUGUUGUUUAGCGACGAUUUCAAAGCUAAGUUGAACGAGGCACUGCUAGGAGCGGAAACCCUGCCGGAGAUACGUGUAAAACUGGAGGAUUUGAAAGCGUUGAUGGAACUCGUGAAUGAGACUGUUGGCGAUUCUAUAUCAGAUAUGUUGAUCGUGGAAGCAAUUUUAGCUAAGAAGGGUUGGAGUCUGAAAGACUGGGACCAAUGUUAUGUUGACUUGCCGAAUCGACAGCGAAAAAUUCAAGUUAACGAUCGUACGGUUGUCGUUACGACUGAUGCUGAAAGGAAGGUCACCUUGCCAAAAGGUUUACAACCGGAGAUUGACAAGCUAGUAGCAGGUGUAAAAAACGGCAGGUCGUUUGUCCGACCCUCGGGUACCGAAGAUGUCGUAAGAGUGUAUGCGGAAGCUGCAACUCGCGAGGAAGCGGAGAGUCUCGCCCUAGCUGUUGCACGGAAAGUCUAUGAUUUAGCCGGUGGUGUCGGUGUUAAACCUCAUUGAUUAAACAUUGUGCAACAUUUACGUGGAAUGAGGUGAUAUAAGAAUUUCUAUGUGGCAUUAAAUGUCAUUUUCAUGUCAACAUAUUGCUACUGUAUUUUCAAGUUGAAAGCGAUUAAAUAGUAAAAUGCUUGAAA